CGCAAUGCAACAGGGCCAGUCAGUCCCAUCGUAGUCGUUGUCGUUCGUGGGUUUACGUCACAAACUUUAGAAUAAGUGUUUUUAUUUCUCUUCUCUGGUGGAUGUGUUUGUGUCAAGUGUGAACGGGGUGGUUAUUUAACGACACCGUGGCAAAUGGUCGAAACAGUGCCUUAAAUCAGAAUGGCACUAAAUCAGGACGAGGCUAAGCAAGUAGUCAGAGUAGACCAGGACUCAGAAACGGACUUACAGGCCCUCUUUGAUAGUGUUUUAAAACCAGACUCGAAAAGACCAUUACAAGUGCCAUGGAGUAUGCGAAAACUUCCAGAUUCGUUUUUUAAUCCACCAUCGACGGGUUCAAAAUCCAUUAACCAUUCUCGCGAGAACUCCGUCGACUCUGCCUUCGGGGGUGGUGCUACAAGUGCAGCCCCCGUCAACUCCGUACCCCUACAAACUGCCCAUCACAGAGCACAUAGCUCCCCAGCAUCUCUCCAGCAGACAUAUGCCGUGGGGCAGCAGCAAUCUGCAGUUCAUCAUAUCAAACAAAGAUCGUACGACGUGGCUAGCAAAACGGAAGAUAACACCCCCUUACCGCCUGGAUGGGAACAAGCUCGCACCCCAGAAGGACAGGUUUAUUAUUUAAAGUGAGUACCUGUUAAAGAACCCAGCACAGGUUGCCAGGUCAGAUUGUCUGCUCCAGGGCCGGUCUUGUCAUUAUGCGCAUCAUUCCAAACGUCAUUACCUUCAAGUACAAUGAAAUACUGAUUGAUUGAAAUAUUGUUGUAUGGAAAUUUUCAAUAUACAUUUAUUCACGUU